AUGGCCACUAUGAAAGCUGUUGGAGUCUCGAAGUACGGUCCUGUUGAUAACCUCGAAUCGCGAGACGUCCCAAAGCCUGGUGAUCCUAUUGGCCGACAGGUUGUCGUCAAAGUCAAAGCCUGUUCCGUCAACCCAAUUGAUCACAAGGUCCGAUCAGGAACCUAUGACGAUGCGCCCGACUACUAUAACCACGUCCCAAAAGGCUUUCACAUCAUAGGCUUCGACGGCGCCGGAGUAAUUGAGAAGACUGGACCCGACUGCCAGCUCUUCAAAGUCGGCGAUGAAGUCUCUUGGGUAGGCCCAUCGACUGAUCAGGGAAGCUAUGCGGAGUAUCAGCUCGUAAGCGAGCUCGCCUGUGCCAAAAAGCCAAAGAGUCUCGACUUCGUCGAUACUGCGAGCUACGGAUUGACUUUCAUGACAGCAUAUCAGUCGUUGUAUCGAAGGAUGGAGGUCAAGCCUGAAGAGCAGACGGGUAUCUUGAUUAUAAAUGGAGGAGGUGGUGUAGGAAGUGCUGCGAUUCAGCUUGCGAGGAGAGUGCUUAAGCUUCCAGUCAUUGUGGCUACGGCAUCGCGACCUGAGACGAUCGACUCCUGCAAGCGAAUGGGCGCUACGCAUGUCAUCAACCAUCGAGAGGAUCUUGUCAAACAGAUCAAAGAUUUAAAGCUCAAUGUCCCCAUCAAAUACGUUUACAUCGUCGCCCGAACCGAGCAAUACAUCCAAUCCGUCGCCAAAAUCUGCGCCCCGUUCGGAAAAGUCUGCACCGUCGUCCAAGCAGACGUGAGUUUCUAUGGAACAGAAUUCAUGUCCAAGUCACUCACAUUCUCAUGGGAUUGGGUUGGUUCCGCUGCAUAUCAUGACACAGGCGUUGAAGAUUAUCAUGAGAUGCUGGGAACUAUCUCCCGUCUGAUGGAAGAUGGGACACUGUUCUCUACAGCUGGUACACGUCUUAGGUUGACGCUUGAGGGGCUCAAGGAAGCGCAUAGGAGGGUGGAGAGCAGUACUACUGUCGGCAAGAUUGCGCUUGGUGUUGAUGAGCCUGGGGAGGGUGAGCCGUUUGCUUAG